UCCAGAGGAAACCAAGUCAUCAGCAGGAACUGGUGGUGGCGAGAAACUGAGAGAAGGGAAGUAAAGAGACAGCAGCUCAGCGGGAGAUUGCAGAAGUUCUCACAAUGAAGCUUGGUUUUCUGAACCUGGUCUUGUUCCUGAUUUCUGUGCAACUUUUGAAUUACUGUUGGAGUGAGAACAGGCAACAGCAGCAAGUGUCUGCUCUUACUGUGCUGGAACACACUGAAGAAAAUGUUGGUGAGAGUAAAGAGGAAGCAACAGUGGAGGAUGAUCUGGACCCUGAGGACAUGGAGGUCUUUUAUCCAACCAAUGAUUGGCAGGUAGUUAAACCAGGUCAGGCAAUUCCUGCAGGGCUACAUGUUAGGUUAAACUUGGAAACUGGAAAGAAUGAGGCAAAGAUACCAGAUGGUGAGACUGGGAAGACUGGUUUGAAGUACUGGAAGCAAGGAACCAGACAUGGAAUGGUUAAUCUAGAUUCUAAAUCCUUCACCGCCGAGGAGUUGAAAAAGGCUUUGAAGUUAAUGAAACUAGAAAGCAAUACACAGACUGAGGAGGGUCAUCAGGAGAAGCUCCGUGAGACAUUCCGCCCAAUCAAAGAACUGAUGGCAGAUUUUGAAGCCAUGAAUGUGGUAAUGGAGACUGAUAUGGAAAUAAUCAAUAAACUUGUCAGCAAAUUCAACAGCUCCGGUGCGACACUGGAGGAUAAGGUUGCUGCUCUAUACGACCUGGAAUACUAUGUCCAUCAGGUGGACAAUGCCCAACAUCUGAUGUCCAUUGGGGGGUUGCAACUUGUGAUCAAGGCACUAAACGCCACCGAACCCCGUAUUCAGGAGCAUGCUGCCUUUGUGCUGGGAUCUGCACUCUCUGGCAACCCAAAAGUUCAGAUUGAGGCGAUAGAAGCUGGGGCUUUACAGAAAUUGUUGAUAUUGUUGGCAACGGAUCAACCAGUGGCAAUGAAGAAAAAGGUAUGGAUAAAGAAAAUUUCCAAUUUUCAGCUAAAGGCCCUCUUUGCAUUCUCAUCAUUGUUGCGCCAUUUUCCAUUUGCUCAGCAACAGUUUUUGAAACUUGGAGGCCUGCAGAUACUUGGGCAGCUGUUUCAGGCAAAGGGAAUGGAGUCUCUGCGUCUUCGAAUCAUGACUUUGCUCUAUGACAUGGUCAUGGAGAAGAAACUUAUCCAAGGGACACAAGAUGAUAGUGUUCAACACCAGGAGAAAUGUCGUCAAUAUGAUGAGCUUAAUUUGCUGCCUCUUAUGCUGGAACAGGACUGGUGCACGAUGGUUCCCAAGCUCUUGACAUCCAGUGAACAUGACACAAGAGAAAAAGUUUUACGGACCAUGAACCUUAUGAUCUCAUCCUGUAGGAGCGAGUACCAGGCUAUACAGGGCCUGAGUUCCUUGCUGGACAUGCUCCAAUCAGAGUAUGAGGGACUGGCUGCUGAAGAACAGAAAGAGGGUGAGACAGAUGGUUACUUCCUGGGACUCUUAAACUCUGCCAAUGACAUCAUUAAACAGCUGAAAUAAUAGGUGCAAGAAACAUCUGGAACCCAUUUCAAUGUGAACUUUUUUAAACAUUGAAUUUGUGACAAUACAUUAUUGCGAAAGAAUUUGCAGUAAAUUCAAACCAACGGGAAAUUCACCUGUUUCCUAUCUUUGGAAUAUAUUGCAAUGCCUUGAUGAAGUGUGAAAAUAACAUGGUUGGGUUAGUAAAGCCCUUUGUUAUCCAAGUUGCUCUGUUCACCUGUCUUUAAGAAGUUUAUGCACUUUAUGCAUAUUUAUUUGUUUUUGCUUUUCCUGAAAAAUGGAGUAAACUUGACGUUUAUGAACCUGGUUAGGCAUCAAUAGAUUUUUGAAGCUGCUUCCAUUUGCAUUUGGGUUUGAAUAUUCAAUUCACUACCAUCAAAUUUUCUUUUGUGGGGUCAGCAAAUAUCCGUGCCAGACAUGUCAUAGAUAUCUAGUUCAUUCAGGGGUCUUCCUGUUGAUCUUACUCAUUAUUGCUGUUCAGUAAAUAUUGUUCCUGAUUUGGAUCAGGAAUGCAGAGCUAGCAAAUGGGUGACAACUUUAAAAUGAAGACUUAGUGUCUAGUUACACUGAACUGUAACAUUUAGAAAAGUUUUGAAGUGUUUAAUACAUGUUUUAAGAACAUAUGGAACAUUUUUUAUUUAAAUUCUUCCAAACUUAUUUGCCUUUAAAAAUGCCUGUCUACUAAAAUUUCACAAUGACUUUCAUAAUUGGUGGAAAUGUUUAGGGUACAUCUUUCA